AGAGAAGGCAAUAGAAAGAGGGGCGGGAGGCAGCCAGAAAAGGGAAGGAAACGAGCUGCUCGCGGAUGAGGCGCUGGGCACUCUGGGCACCGUUGUGAAAGGAUCGCAAGGACGGGUCGAAUCGAAAGAGAAGAAGAUUACUCUCUCUGAGAAGCAGGAGGAGGAGGAGGAGGAGUACCAACAACAAAUGUGAGAGAGGGGGAGGAAGAAGCGAGGAAUAAGAGAUCGUUACCAGCUUCUUUUUUAUUCUCGAGCUGGCAAGGCUUCUUUGCCUCCUCCUCAGUGUUGUUAGUCCACAUGAUGCUUCCUUUUCUCGUGUAGCAAGAUCGACAAUUCUUCGUCCUGAUUGGUUGGGUUCCCCGGAACACACGAAAGAUUGGAUCUUUAUGGAAAUUUCUGCUUGUCUGGUCUUUCUCGAGGGAAUUUUUUCGGUUCUGAGUGUUGAAUUUGAUCCGCAAAAUAGUUCGCUUGAUCUGUAUUCUUGUUGAUGAAGUUUCUUUCUUUUCUCCCCUUUCUUCUUGUAUUAAUUUAUUUACCAUGCUGAUGUUUAUUCCUCUCUGGCAGAUUGUGGAUUCAUAACUUUGAGAGGGGCAUAGGUAGAUAUCUCAAACUUGUUUCCAGUGAGGGCCUGGAUUUCGGUCGCGCGUCGAAAACAUGUUGGAGAGCCAGUCGUUUUUGAUCUCCAGAGCAUUACCGAGCUCCUGUGAGCAAGAAUCGAAAUUGGCUUACAUGACUUACCAUCUCCUUGAGAUCACUACCAACAAACACCCUAAGAUCGUGGAAUCUUUAGAGCUAAAUGAAGCUGCUAUGAUAAAGAAGGCUAAAUCUGCAGACGACCUGGGACCUCCCUUUCAGGAAGAAAAAGCAUUGCCUCUUGAUGAAUCCAAUUAUAAUGGCCAGCACUCUGAUACAAAUUCUCUUAUUGGUCAAAUCGGCUGUGACAUGUCUAUAAAGUGUCUCCUUCACUGCUCUCGGUCGGACUAUGGUGCCCUUGCAUCGCUGAACCGGGCUUUCAAUUCCCUGUUCCGGACUGGUGAGCUCUACAAGCUACGGCGGCAGACUGGGAUCAUCGAGCACUGGGUGUACUUCUCCUGCAACAUACUUGAGUGGGAAGCAUAUGAUCCCUAUUGUGGGCGCUGGAUUACUCUUCCAAAAAUGCCUCAGAAUGAUUUCUUCAUGCGCUCUGAUAAGGAAUCGCUGGCUGUGGGCACCGAGCUCCUCGUUUUUGGAAGGGACUACACCUCUCGUAUUGCCCAUAUAGUGCUGAGGUAUAGCAUUCUGACGAAUUCUUGGUCCCAAGGUAUUGAAAUGAACUCCCCUAGGUGCUUGUUUGGAUCCGCCAGCUUUGGUGAAGUAGCUAUUGUUGCCGGUGGUGUAGAUGCUCAAAAUACUAUAUUGAGUUCUGCAGAGCUCUAUAAUUCUGAGACGCAAACAUGGGUAACACUUCCUAGCAUGAAUAAACCAAGGAAAAUGUGUUCAGGUGUCUUUAUGGACAACAAGUUCUAUGUGAUUGGCGGAAUGCGUAGCCCUACCGAAUUGCUGACGUGCGGGGAAGAAUAUGAUACAGAGAGACAUAGCUGGAGGGUCAUUCCAAAUAUGUCUCUAGGACUGAAUGGUCCAAGUGGUGCACCUCCAUUGGUGGCAGUAGUCAAUAAUGAGCUAUAUGCAGCUGAUUAUGCAGAAAAGGAGGUCAGGAAGUAUGACAAGGAGAAUAACUCUUGGGUCACUCUUGGAAGAUUGCCUGAGAGACCAGAUUCAGUGAACGGUUGGGGUCUAGCUUUUCGGGCUUGUGGUGAUCGACUCCUAGUGAUCGGUGGACCGAGGGUGCUUGGAGGAGGGAUGAUUGAACUAAAUUCAUGGACACCGAGAGAUGGACCUCCAGAGUGGAAACUGAUUGCUAGGAAGCACUGUGGAAGCUUUGUGUAUAACUGUGCUGUAAUGGGCUGCUGAGAUUUGUCUGAAGAUACGCUGCAUAUCUUCUUGCAGUACGAGUAUGUGCAAGAUUGGCUGGUCAAAGGGCAUAAAACACCGAUUGUGCCAGGGCACUCUGGCUUUUGAAAAUUUCAGAUUUGAUAGGGCAAUCACUUUCUACUAUGAUAGUGUUCUCGUGGAUCAUGCAGGAAAAUGGCACAUAAUAAUUCGGUGUAGCUGCAUGUUCAUUGGUACCCUUGGAACUCUUCGAGCUUGUUAGCUUUACAGUGUACUACUCCUCAGCCAUUUCAUUGUUAUUGCCACUUUCUUGAGGAAAUAAAAUUGAUCAUCAAUUUCUUGUAUAUUUGCGCUGAUAAUUUUACUUCUUUCCAGCGUACUGCUCUUGGGCUUAAGUUGAUAUUCGUGUGACAUUUUUCUCAUCAAUCUCAUAUUUACUAGUGAUGUCAGUCAUCAAACACUGGAUUCCUCUCCUCUCCAAUUUAAACAUGCAAACUUAGGAAGAUUUCUGAGAUGCAACCCUAGUUGGACAAGAAUGGAGAAUCAGAGGGGGGUAGUCGAGUUGCAAGUUUUAUGGGGUUCUACUCGUAUGUUUAAGAUUGAACUCUUUUAAUUACUUUUCUAUGCCUGGAGUUUGAUGCUUGCCCAUUGUCCAUCUCGCAUCUGUCUUUUUUAUGGAUCCAUAAGGAUGAAGAUUUACUGUGAAAAUAUAUGUGCAAUUAUCGAACAUAUUAAAUAGAAGAAAUUUAUUGAUGAGGUUA